UCACACGGACAGAGUAAAGCAAUUAAAAAAUUCUGUAAGUGCUGCAAUUCGGCCAAUUAACAUUUUGUAGCUUUUUUGAAAAAUUGUUUUGAAGUUCGCGCUGCGAGCCGCCGGCCAAUCACAAUCGCCAAAGCCGGAGCGGAUGGGAGUAACCAAAAAAUCAUGAUAAAAUUCCCGCUCGGAGACGCCGAUUCGAAGGAGAAAUUUUUCCUCUCGAACAGCUUCGGGGCUGUGGAUGGGGCCGAAUUAAUCCCAAUACACUGUGGGGGCAGGUUGAUCACACCAACGGUUUCAGUCAACGAAUUGGGAAAACAGCUACUGAAAGCGGCAGCUGAAGGCAACGUCGAGGAGACAAGGACGCUGCUGAACAAGGGGGCCCUUUUCACGGCCGAUUGGUUGGGGACCAGUCCGCUGCAUCUGGCGGCGCGUAACAACCACUUGGAAGUGGUUGAAAUCCUACUGAAGGCGGGGAUUUCGCGCGAUGCUCGCACUAAAGUCGACAAGACUUCGCUGCAUAUGGCGGCUGCUGAGGGUCACGUGAGUAUUGUUGAGACGCUUCUUGAGUAUGGCUCGGAUCCCGACUGUCGCGAUUUGUUAGGGAUGACGCCGUUGCAUUGGGCGGCCCAAAACGGACACUUGGACGUGGUCAAGGCCCUCUUGCAACAUUAUGCGCAAACGAACGUUGUCAAUAAGUUCGAUUUGACGCCGGCAGGUGUCGCUGCGCAGAUAGACCGGCAUGAUAUAGUGGCGUUAAUUAAUCGACAAAGUGAGGAAGUGGAAGAGCCUACGAAUGCAGCCCAGCAUCUGACCUUGGAGUUGGUGGAAAAUGAUGAGGGGGCUUUGGAUGGGGCACAUUCGCCGAUUCCGUUAGAAACUAUUUUAAUGGAAGACAAUGAAAGUUCAAUAGACCCCGAAAAGCUACAUUUGAAUAAAAACCCAGAUGAGCAAAACCACGACUUCUCCGAGUCGAUUAAAUUAUUGCAAGAGCACGGAAUUACGAUGCUCCCUAAUGACGACAGCAACAUUUUAACGACGGUUAUGGAGACUGGACAUUCGGUUGUGUUAACGGAUGCCGGAAAACAGGUUUUAAACGCAAUCAAAGAGUCAGAACAGAAGGCGAAUGCCAUAAAUAAAAAGAUCAUAACCGUCACACCACAAGAAUUUUUGUCAAUGGCGUCAAAUUGUAAGAACAAGUCCAAAAACAUAAUUAAACAAAUCAACGGACGGCUCGUUCCAAAGAAUGUGAAACGGAUUGUCAUGAAGAAGAAUAAACUGAUCCCAGUCUCGACUGUAAAUAAUAUGUAUAAAAUCUCGGGUCCUAACGGCGUCACGGACAUGGAGACAGUGAUGACGCAGUUGAUCGAGGCGCGAAAAACGAUAGAAGAAUACAAAAUAAAACUGCUGAAAAAAGAGCAAGAAGCCGAGCGGUACAAACAGCAAUUAAAAUUGUUAAUGGAUGAUAGCUAGUAUCGCUGAUUUGCCAUAUUUUUAAUUGAAUGGGUUAUAAAUAGCGCAAUUUGUCCGGAUUUUACCGGAAAUGUGCUGUUGGUGGCUCGUUAUCUGAAGCGUAAUUGAACUUAAUUACUAUUUUUGUACAUUAAUAUUCGAGUCUUCUUGUAUUUUGCGAGUGAUAACUUGUGUAAUUUAUUUGUUUUUAAUUUUUUGUAAUGUUGUUGAACUAAUGUUGAUAAAAAAGAACGAAAUGAAA